GUUCGGAGUACUUGUUUGCGGGAUUCCAGAGCGUCGGCCCUUGUUUGUAUCCACUUCCACAACUUUGGACUUAGCCAUUUCAACGAUAUAACGUCCCGGUGUCGUUCGCUGCAUUGUCUAUUCACCACCCCGUUAAGAUGUCGACCUUCUUCUACGGCCACCAGCACCAACACCAACACCAACACGCUCACCACGGCGCUACUACCCACAUGACGACCUCGAAUAAUCACCACGGUGGUCGCUCUCGCCGAGGACCGAAAAUGAAUGCGCAAAAUGCUCAGCGCCAGUUCCGCGGUGUCAAGAGUAUGAGGGAACUUGCCGAGGCUCCCGCUGUGACGGCUUUCCGUGCUCGAUUCGAGGCUGGACGUUCUUUCGACCUCGACGAUGACUUGGAAUUCUGCCCUGGCCUUCUGACAGAGGACGAUCUGCACUCGAUUCACUCUGCUUCUUCCGAUCGCUCCUCACUCUCCAGUGGAUCUCCUGACUCAUCUCCGCUUCAGCACCAGAUUCAGCCUGUGCAGCAAGUCACGCCUUCAAUCUCCUUGUCUCCUGCAUCGACGAACGCCUAUGUUCACUCAGGGGUUACUGGUAACCUCAAUCACGUGAAUUAUCAGCAGCCGUCUGCCGUCCGCACCCGCAAAGUCAUUCCCAUUGUCAACCCCAACACGGGCAUGACUUUGACGAGCCCGCCUACGUCGAUCUCGCCAGCCUCGAUGCAGAACGCUCAACGGCGGUGGUGAGAACCGCUACGGAUAAGUCGCCAUUCCACUGGCAACCGGGCCUACUUCCGCCCAUGGCACGUUCUUCUUCCCUCGUCCGGCUUCUGCAUCAUCGGGCUCCCUAACCGCGGGUUUUAAUUCUUUCUUGCUUGUUUCUAUUCGACACGGCCAUCGCAUUCACGAUCAAACCCAAAUUCCCCUCUUGUUCUUCGCUUGACGAUUGCAAAAACGCCAACGGCUAAACCAGUUAUUCUCUGUAUAUACACCUUCUACCGAUGACGACUUCGAACACACUUAUACCUAGACUCUGAUGCUUCGGCUUCUUGCGAGCGACGGCGCCUGCGAUUCGACUUCUGCGC